AUGCGGAGGCAGGACAGGCGGGUUCACACUUACCUGCUUACUCUGUUUUUUGAGGUCCUUAUAUCGUAUAUUUUUAAUCAAUUGUUCUAUUGUGAGACAUCAAAAGCAGCCCUCACUUCUAUGCCUUAUCAGUGUCAGGAGCUCAUCCUUUAUGGGAGCGUCUUCGCAGAUAAUUUGCAGGACUUGGAACGGCGCCUAACUGGACUUUGCGACCCUGGUUCCACGGAGUUUCACGAACACGAUCUCUCGUUCAGUCUUCGAACAGGAACUGAUCCUGACGUUACCAUCAGGCUGCGUCGCCGUUUCAACGUUGACUCAUUCACUAGCCACCAGUGGCAGUUUCGGUAUAUUGGAGGUCCAGAACCGGAUCAGAAAUGUCCGGUAAUUGUUCGCAAAGUGAUAGAUUCUAUUGCUUAUUCCCACUUGAUGAUGGAUUUUGUGAAAACGCUAGGGUUACGCAUGGAUUAUGAAUAUAUAGCGAAAGGGACAGUUUGGACAAAUGGAAGAAUGAAGGUGGUGAUAAGUCAGAUACAACGGACGGAGAAAGCUGGACAUUAUGAUCAGAGCAAUUUAAAGAGGUUCGCCGACUCCUAUUUGGUGGAAAUUAGUGCUUGUCUGCCUGAUUCUGCUGAAUACAGUGCUACCGCUAAGCAACUACGGGAUUUUGCCGACCAGCUGCUCCCUCUCGUCGAAAUGGAGAAAGUCGAUUAUUGGAGGAAAUAG